CAGCGGCAACACCGGCCUUACCUUGCACCAACAACACCCUUCUCACGCCGCAGCACACCGCACCAAAUUCCCACAUUUUACACCUUAAGAAGGGAAAAAGUGGAUUAAAACUGUAUGAUCCGGAGGACGUAGAGGACGACAUGGUCAAUGUAAACACACCAGUCAGUUCAAGUAUGGAACCUGCACUUGACUCGUCCCCGGUGGAGAGUGCCAACAUGAACGCCACGGGCCACCUGGCCGUGGGCAGUUUGUGUGCCAUAUGUGGAGACAGAGCCACGGGGAAACACUACGGGGCCUCCAGCUGCGACGGCUGCAAGGGCUUCUUCAGACGCAGCGUUCGCAAAAACCACAUGUACUCGUGCAGGUUUAACAGACAGUGUAUAGUGGACAAGGACAAGAGGAAUCAAUGUAGAUACUGCAGACUGAAGAAAUGCUUCAGGGCUGGCAUGAAGAAAGAAGCUGUACAGAACGAAAGAGACCGGAUCAGCACCAGGAGAUCCAGCUACGAAGACAGCAGUUUACCGUCCAUAAAUGCACUUAUUCAGGCAGAUGUUCUGUCAAGACAGAUCACGUCCCCUGCUCCGAUAUUAAAUGGAGACAUAAGGGCCAAGAAGAUUGCCACCAUCACCGACGUGUGUGAGUCCAUGAAGCAGCAGCUGCUGGUCCUGGUGGAAUGGGCCAAAUACAUCCCAGCCUUCUGUGACCUGCCCCUGGACGACCAGGUGGCUUUGCUGCGAGCUCAUGCGGGAGAGCAUCUCCUGCUCGGUGCUGCAAAGAGGUCCAUGCUCUACAAGGACAUCCUUUUAUUAGGAAAUGACCACAUUAUUCCCAGAAACUGUCCAGAGCUGGAGGUCGGCAGGGUGGCCGUGAGAAUCCUGGACGAGCUGGUUCUGCCUUUCCAAGAGCUUCAGAUAGAUGACAACGAAUACGCCUGCUUGAAGGCCAUCGUUUUCUUUGAUCCAGAUGCUAAAGGUCUGAGUGAUCCGGGGAAGAUCAAGCGGAUGCGGUACCAGGUCCAGGUGAGCCUGGAGGAUUACAUCAACGACCGGCAGUACGACUCCCGGGGCCGGUUUGGGGAACUCCUGCUGCUGCUGCCGACGCUACAGAGCAUCACCUGGCAGAUGAUCGAGCAGAUCCAGUUCGUCAAACUCUUUGGCAUGGCCAAGAUUGAUAACCUGCUGCAAGAAAUGCUCCUCGGAGGUUCUGCUAACGAAGCGCCGCACGCGCCGCACUCUCUGCACCCUCACCUGGUCCAGGAGCACCUCAGCAGCAACGUCAUCGUGGCCAGCAACAUGCCAACGCCCAUCCAUAACGGUCAAAUCUCCACUCCUGAGACCCCGAUCCCGUCCCCGCCGGCUGCCACCAGCUCUGAACAUUAUAAAAUGCCUCAGGGCGUCAUCGCCACCGUGCCCAAGCAGCAAACCUCCGUCCCGCAGCCAACCAUCACCAAGCAAGAGGCCAUAUAACAACUCUCAGAAGAAUUAUUGCUUCAGCGUUUUUAUUGUUUUCAGCCAGGGUCUUUAUAUGAACGGUUAUACACAAGCAGCAUUGAAGGUGUUAUCUUUAAGAUUAAAGUAGCUAAGUAUGUAACAAGUUCCUUAUAGACAGCCUUCAGGGAUGCAUUUGUACAUAUUUUAAAUGUGAUACUGAGCUCCAUGGCUCCAUGAAGGCCAGUAAAAUUCUAUUCUGUGAGUCUGAAUCUGUCCAUUGUUGUAAAUCUAGUUCAUCAUUGGAUAACGUCACUGAGACUUAUGCUAGACGUGGUGAUAUAAUCAGGCGAGUAUUUUUAAAUGUUACAACAAGUCUUAAUAUGUCACGCAUUUAGUGUUGCAGUGGGUUUUUUUGUUUGUUUGUUUUUUAAGUUUAAUAGUGACAAAACAACUCAGAAAGAAAGUUAAAGGAAAGCCCUUGGGUGAGUUCAGCUGCAUGGAGCUCUCGCAAAUAUUUUGUGACAAAACCUUUGUACAGUAUAUCUGUGGUUUGUUAUAUGCACUACUGUACGCUUUUUUUUAAGAGAGAAAUUUAGAGUAUACAUGUUGAAAUUUACACUAAGAAAACUCGGUACACAUUACACCAGCAGCCACUUUUUAAAAGUCCCAGGCAGACGUGCUGAGGAAGCUCCCAAUGACAUAUUGUGUUGCUUUUUAAAAUAUAUAUAUUGUACUUUUUGGUUAGUAUUUUUGCCUCGGUUUGAUGAAAUGAAAUGUGCCUUGUAACCUGUACUGCCUUACGAAACCAGGCAAUGUUUUGUCUUACAAUGUGAAAAUUACUAAAUAAAUCUUAAUUUUUAUUUUUAAA